UAGAUCCACAGGAUGAAGCAGAGAGAAAAGAGCAACGGUUGGCCAUUAUAGCUGACCACCUUGGCUUCAGCUGGACGGAGUUAGCACAGGAGCUUGACUUCAGUGAGGAGAGGAUCAAUGAGAUAAGAACUGGAAACCCCAACUCACUUCAAGACCAAAGCCAUGCUCUUCUGAAAGUCUGGACAGAGAGGGAGGGAAAUCUUGCCACAGAAGCAACACUUAUCAAAAGACUGACAAAGAUCAAUCGAAUGGAUAUUGUUCACCUUAUUGAAAGCAGGACGUCUGAAGAAGAAACCUCACAUACGUAUGCAGAAAUCGAGUGGACCAUAGCACAGGACCAUAGUGAAGGUUUCGCUGCUCUUCAUGAAGACAUUGACAGCCCCAGGAUCAGCAAGCGUACAGAGGCUGCAAAAAAGAGUCCACGCUCAGGACAACAGGUUCCCAUAGUUUCAGCAGAAGACCUUUCAUCCAGUUUGUCAUCACUUCACGAGACAACAGGACGACCGGUGACAGACUCCACAGCAGCAGGCCUUCUUAGAACUGUUCACAAAGACAAGCCACAAAAAGAGAUGGAAACAACACACUUAUCACAAAGAACAUAUGAGGAAAUGACAGACUUGGUACAAACUGGCAGUUUUAAACAAGCCGAUAACCUGCCAGACAUCCCCCUGCAGACCCUGACAGAAGAGAAGUACAUCGAUGAAGAUGGCAACAUGGUGGUCAAGAAAGUCACGCGGAAGGUCAUUCGUAAAUAUGUGUCUCCAGACGGCAUGGAGACACAGGAAGUGACCAUCGAAGGCUCUCACCAGGAGUCGGUCCAGAUAGAGGAGGGAGAUGCUGUUUCAAAGGUGGUGAAGAGAACUGUGCUUCAUAGUGGAGGCGAUCAGAAGGAGCUGACCUUUUCAGAGUCCCCGGCUCUGAGCGCUGCCACAGCGUCAGAGUUUGAAGUGGAGCCAGUGCAGGGCAGAAAGGUCAGCAAGGUUGUCAAGACAACUGUGGUGAGAGGCGAGAGGAUGGAGAAGCACACAGGAGACCCGUCGCUGGCUGCAGACCUGCCUUCAGCCAGAGAGGACUUUGAGAAGGCAAUGAGUUACGCUGGAGGAUUUGGAAAAGUGCUAAUGCCGCAUAUAGUAGAGAAAGAGAUUGUACAGGAUGACGGUUCUGUGGUUAAAAGAAGCCAGAUGCGUAAUUCACGCAGCCAGAAGAGGACCGUGGUGAGGGAUGCUCAGGGGAAGCAUGUGCACCUAGAGCGCCUGGACAACACCGCAGAUGCCCUGCAGCCUGAUGCGCUGCAGCAGCACCUGCACCGACUGCUCCAGCGCUACUGUGAGGACACCGAGGAUGAGGAGGAGGAUGAAAACCUUAGCUGAGCAGCUGCUUCCACUGAUCUACAUUUUCCACUGAAGCUUUUGGUGACGUACACUUCCUCAGAUCGAACCGCCCUCUGUCCCUGCUCAUCACUGGAGUU